AUGGCUUUUUGGAAAACACGAAAGAUCAAAAUGAAGUUCUUACCACUUCUUCUUCUACCUCAGCUCAUCUGCCAGGCUCAAUCUAAGGCUGUCUUUGCACAUUUCAUGGUUACUAAUUCGGCAAAUUAUAGUCUUUCAGACUGGAAAAAAGAUAUGAACCUUGCUAAAGAUGCCCAUAUUGAUGCAUUCGCACUAAAUAUGGCAUACUUAGACGAAACCAAUGAUGCUUCAGUGAAAAUGGCAUUUUCCGCGGCAGCUUCUGUGGGAUUUAAGCUAUUCUUCUCUUUUGACUAUGCUGGCAAUGGAGCAUGGGAUAAAGAGAUUGUGACUGAGAUGAUCGAGAACUAUUCAUCAAACAAUGCGUAUUUCUUAUACAACUCACAGCCAUUUGUUUCCACAUUUGAGGGACCUGAUAGUGCAUCAGACUGGACCACUAUUAAGGAGAUUACAAACUGUUUCUUUAUGCCUGACUGGUCCUCUGUGGGCGCAAAACCUGCACUUGCCCUAGCCGAUGGUGUAGCCGACGGCCUCUUUAGCUGGGCUGCCUGGCCAUGGGGAAAUUGGACUAUGAAUACCUACACCGAUGCUUCAUACCUCCAAUACCUUGAUGAUAAGCCAUACAUGUUUGCACUAUCCCCGUGGUUUUACACGAAUCUUCAAGGUUACGACAAGAAUUGGCUUUGGCCAUCUGAUAGUCUAUGGUUUGACCGAUGGCAAGAGCUCCUUGCGCUUGAUUCAACCCCAGAGUUCGUGGAAAUAAUCUCUUGGAAUGAUUACGGGGAGUCUCAUUAUAUUGGUCCUUUAUACGACACAUCUAUGGCUGCAUUUGAGAUCGGCGAGGCAAACUACAACUAUGCACUUGACUAUCCGCAUGACGCUUGGCGUGAUGUUCUGCCCUUUCUUAUUGAUCUUUAUAAAUAUGGCACAGCAACAAUGGGUAAAGACAAAGUUGUUUUCUGGUAUCGGCCGAAUCCAGUUUCUGCUUGCUCAACUGAUUACACUACUGUCAACACAGCCUCCCAGCUACAGAUUGAGUUCAGUCCAAAGAAAGUGUUAGAGAAUAGGAUCAAUGUUCUAGCUCUACUUCAUGACGCAAAUUAUGGCGUUCAAGUGACUACUGGAAGCUCUUUGUUGGAUGUCAAAUGGGACUUUAGCCCUGACUCUGGUGUUGGCCCUGGAAUUUAUUUCGGCAGCGUACCAUUUUCUGUGGGCGAUGUCGAAGUCACGCUUAUUAGAGACGACUUUGAAAUUGGAUCAGCUACAGGAUUGGCAAUAUCGAGUAGCUGCGAAAAUGACGUUGCCAAUUACAAUGCCUGGGUUGGCAGUCUCACAGGCACCUAUGAUAUAGAUGCAAGUACCUUGAUUCCUCUGUCAAAUCAGACAUGUAUUAAAGGAAAGGGUGCCUAUGACUUUGAUGACCUUUGCAGUUUUACAUGCAGAUAUGGGUAUUGCCCUGUUGGUGCUUGUACAUGUGAGGCCAUGGGAGUUGCACGCACGAAGCCUAAGGCUACAGGUGUGACAGGAUAUCCUGCAGAGGGCAAAGAUGCUAACUAUGAGGGCUUAUGCAGCUUUGCCUGUAACUAUGGCUACUGUCCGACCAAAACUUGCGAUUCGACAGAGCAUACGAUGCCUGUCCCUACAGUAUCAGACUUUCUUCCUCCAGCCUGUGUUGCAGGAAGUGGAGAUGGAAAUUAUGCUGGACUAUGCUCUUAUGCCUGUAACUAUGGCUACUGUCCAAUUCGAUUCUGUAAAUGUACUGAGACAGGGGCCCUGGUGACUACACCUUCGCAAACAAACGGUAAUGGAGAAUCAGCUGAUGGGGUUACUUCAUCCCUUGAUGAUCUCUGUGAUUUCGCUUGCAGCCGUGGAUACUGCCCAAAUGCAGCUUGUAAAUACAAGUCUUCGGGUUCGUCAACCGCAUCAGCCACAUCAUCAACUGCAACUCCCACCGCUGGCAGCACUCAAGUUAGAAUGAAUCCAUAUCUCUACUCUUGUACCGCGCGUCAAGAGAAAUUGGUUUUGGAAGCAUGGGAUGAGGCUGGAACCCUUGCUGAAGGACACUAUCAAUGGUGGCCAAAUAACAAAUGGCAGCCCGCCAUGGACCUAUACCUAGGGGUUAAAACCAGGAAAGACUUCAUCGAGCCCCCACGCACGGCGCACGCCUAUUUCUACUGUGAUGAAAGCCUAGUUCCUGGAUACAAGCUUCCUACAAACGGCGUAAGCUGCUCAAAGAAAGGUACAAUUGCAUAUUCGUGGGACGACCGUGGAAAUGGCUGGAUGACGCACUAUGUGGUAUUUUGUCCGGUCUUUUUCACUACCAAAUUUACUUCCCUUGCGACGGCGGUGAUAUUGUCUGAGGGCGACUUGGAAAGGCAGCGCACGAUUGACGAUUGGAGAUUAAUUCGAGCAGAAUCUCUGCUCCAUGAAACCUACCAUUGGAGAAACACCGUCUCGGUUCCAAGAUGCGUUGAUUGGGCAUAUACUCCUCUCGGAGUGACUGGUAUUGCAGCGGGCGAUGAAAAUGAUCAAGAAAAUGCACUCAUGAAUGCAGAAUCCUACGCCAUGGCAGCUAUGGCGAUCUACGUACAGCAAACCUUUCAUUUAGACAGUCCUCCCACCCCUAUAUCGGCUCCUAAGGCUGCAUCGGACAACGACACAAUGUAUUCCACCUAUCUGGAAUCGCCUCCAACCUGGUGGAUUCCGCCUGUGGCUAAUACUUCGUCAACCUUUGCGCCAAACAUGACGGAUACUGUAUUGCUGUCCAGUGUUGGUGCACUGAAUAGUGCAACUUCACCUUUCGAUACUUGCAUGGAGGGUCUCUGGGGGGAUAUGGAUCAGUGCACAACAUUUUGUGUCGGAGAGGAGAGUUCAUGCACUCAAAGUCCCACAAAUGCAAGCGUCGUUUGUGGUGGUUGUUGA